AUGUGGCCUAUAAUAUUGCAAUUUUUGCGAUCGAGAGCGCCGUACAUAACUUUUCCGGUGGCGGCUAUUGUCGGCGUUAUCGGUUAUAAUUUAGAAAGUCUUUUAUCAGAUAGAUAUACACCAUACACCAAGCCAGUACAAGACCAAAGACUUGAGAGAUUAGAAGAAGACAUUCUUAAAGACCCAACAAAUGUCCAAAAAUUAAAAUACCAAGAGAAUGUACUUGGAAAAAAUGUUUCACCAUCAUUACAAAAUAAC